AUGUCGAGUCAUGUGGAGACAGUCCACGACGGUGGCCAUAGCGACAAUAAGAACUAUGCAGGGGACGAGCCUGCUGUUGACCUGGAGCAGCUGCAGCUCAUCCAGCUGUGCUUCGGCGAGCACGAGUUCGGUGUGGCGUUUGAGAACGACGCACAGCAGAACGAAGACGACCUGGAAGCAGAGCAGCAGCAACAAGAAGAUGAGCAAAACGAUGUCGUGAUCGCCUUUGACUUCGACCCUGUUCAAUUCGUACAGGAGAAGCUCGAUCAUGGCGUACCGCUCGGCAUACUGUGCCGCGACCUCGAGACUUAUAUGACGUUCCUCAACAACAGCAUUCUGCGCCACGUGAACACCGACGUGCAUGACGCCUUUGUGAAGGUGUCUGGCCACCUGGUCGGGGUGCAGGAUGAGCUGCGCUGCGUGCAGCAGCCGGUGCUCGCCACCGUGAAGAAGGUGGAAGACGCCAUGGCGAGACUCACCCAGUUGGAGGAGCGGGUCCACGCCCACAUCCUCAGCGCGUCCAAUACGGAGAUGGAGCGCCUCUUCGACGUGGGCUUUCUGAAGCUACUGCUCCUGUACGACCUCCUGUGCGAGCGGAUCGAGGCACUUCCCUCGUCCCUGCGCUCCUCGGAUGACGGCAGUCAGCAACCGUUAGUACACACGGCCGCCAUGACUACCAACGCGGUAAAUAUUCAUCAUGCCAACGGCUCCUCGCCCUCCUGUUCCUCCUCCUCGAGAGCGGCAGCCGUUGUGGCGGGCAGCGCGCAUAUGCGUGAAGCGUUGUGUGACAUUGCCAUUACCGUGCAGCAGCUGAAGGCGCUUCACCAGACCCUGCCGCGGCUCUCGCAGCGUGAGAAGGAGCGUGAGGAGGCGACGGAGAUCCUCCGAGACGGCACAGAGCUCUCGCACAACGUCUUUGCCCGGGUUUACCUCGCGCUCUACGAGGACUACAUGCAGGACCCGCGGGAGACGCUGACGCACGCCAUGCGCAGCGUCAUGGAGGCCUACCAGACGGCUGGCGAAGUGCAGGAGUUCUGCCGCAUGUACCGCAAGCGGAUUCUGCGGCCUCUGUUGGAGUCAGUGCUCUCGUGGCGGGCCGCGACGCAGGCACGGCACAGUCUCGAGGACACCGUCAAGCUCCUCGUGUGUCUCCGAGAUCAGUUGGAGGUGAAUGUACUCCCUUUUCUGCCGCUUCUGCGCGAGGCGUUUGAGGGUGCCGUGAUGCCGAUCCCAAUGAUUAUCUGGCCAACUGUAUGCGAGGCACUGGUAAAGAAGAUGGUAUCGCUCUACGACGUUGGCAUCCCAGACGCCUUUCAGAAGCGCUACAUGGCCGCACAUGAGCUGCUCGCCCUGAUGGAGGCAAACUGCGCCUCCUCAGAAGAGUUGCAUAUGCUGGUGCAAUCACCAGAUGUGGCGCUCUGGAAGCAUAAGUGGAACACAGACGUUUACGGCACAAUUCGGGCGAAUGAGCUCAGCAAGAGAGUGGAUGGCGCCCUCCAGGCAUUUGCGGCCACGCCGCUGGAGCAACAGGUCCAGCAGCGGGAGCAGGGCUCGAGCGUUGAGUGUUCCACCACAUUCCACACGGAUCCCUUCGUAAAGCUGCAGGAGGCGCUGGAGUGGCUCUUCUCGCCCAGCACGUAUAUCUACACUGUGACACCAAAGUUCAUCCGCGAGGCGGCGGGCGCGACACAGCGUCUGGCACGGAGCGUGCUCGAUUACGCCGACGCUUCACAGGCGAAUAGUUCUAUGCGGGACUGGAUCAGUCUCGUCAUGAGCGCAUGCAGCGACUUCGAGGCGUUCGCAGUAUACAUUGAGGGGCCGUUUCGCACCCGACUGGAGUCGGCGAGUGGACGGACGUUUGCGGUGUCGUCGCCAGUCAUUCAGCUCAUUGCACAGGAGACAUGCCGCGCAGCCGCGGUGUCACUCCACCGUGCGGUGCAGAUGCGUGUCGCAGAGGAGUGUGCCGCCGGCAUGCAGAACAUCCGCUCCGUGAAGUCGGCGUAUUCGCAUAUGCGGAAACCGUUCCCAACGGCGCCGUCUUGGUACGUGCCGAAUAUCGUCGAGCCGCUCCAGCGUUUCGCCGCGACAGUGGAGUCGCUACCGUCCGCCCCGGCACGUGAUGGGAUGGUCGCGGCGGUGGUGGAGGAAGUGGCCAACCGGUUCCGCGUCAUCGCAAAGGAGACGCUUGUGACGGCAAAGAAGACUGAGGAGAGUUGGGAGAAGCUGCGGCGCCGCAAGGAGACAACAGCGGGUGGCCGCGGGACUUCCACGGAUGUGGUGGUUGACCAGGCUGCACCUGCUGCCUCUACAACGGCACGGCCGACACCGGAGACAGCGACGGACCGAGACAAGAUGACGCUGCAGCUGUACCUUGACGCAAAGGCGUUCGUGGAGGCGGCGGAGACGACGCUGCAGAACGGCGUUGUGACGCAGCAGCUGCCUGGCGUUGUUGCACUUUUCAGGAUGCUGCGCCGAGCCAACUGGAUCCUCGGCGAGGACAUCCCAGAGCCCCCGGACAUUGAUGAGUCUGAUGUGUGA